GCGAGUAAGGUGGUUGGAGCGAGGUGGGGGCGGCCGUUUGUUUUCUCGUGGUCUCGAGCUCGCGCGGUCUCUUCGUUCCCCGCGGCGACCGGCGGGGCGGAGAAACGGCGGCGACGGCAGCAGCGGCUGCAGUUUCGGACACCGUCCUGUCCCCUCUCCGGCGAACCGGUUCCUCUUCCCCCUCCCUCUCACUGUUUGUUGUGUGUUUGAUGUGUUAAAGCAGGAGCGAGUACGCGAGCAGCGCCAUGAGCAACACUACCAUCGUCCCCAGCACUGCGGGCCCGGGCCCCAGCGGCGGGCCGGGGGGCGGAGGCGGCGGCGGAGGCGGCGGCACCGAGGUAAUCCAGGUGACUAAUGUCUCCCCGAGCGCUAGCUCUGAGCAGAUGCGGACCCUCUUCGGUUUCCUAGGGAAGAUCGACGAACUGCGCCUCUUCCCGCCUGAUGAUUCGCCUUUGCCAGUCUCAUCCCGAGUCUGCUUUGUUAAGUUCCAUGAUCCGGACUCAGCAGUUGUGGCACAGCAUCUGACAAACACUGUAUUCGUUGACAGAGCUUUGAUAGUCGUACCAUAUGCAGAAGGAGUUAUUCCUGAUGAGACUAAGGCUUUGUCUCUGUUGGCACCAGCUAAUGCAGUGGCAGGUCUUCUGCCUGGUGGUGGACUCCUGCCUACUCCUAACCCACUUACCCAGAUUGGCGCAGUUCCAUUGGCUGCUUUGGGAGCUCCUACUCUUGAUCCUGCCCUUGCUGCACUUGGGCUUCCUGGAGCAAACUUGAACUCUCAGUCUCUUGCUGCAGACCAGUUGCUGAAACUUAUGAGUACUGUUGAUCCCAAGUUGAAUCAUGUAGCUGCUGGUCUUGUUUCACCAAGUCUGAAAUCAGAUACCUCUAGUAAAGAAAUAGAGGAAGCCAUGAAGAGAGUACGAGAAGCACAGUCCUUAAUUUCUGCUGCUAUAGAACCAGAUAAGAAAGAAGAAAAACGAAGGCACUCAAGGUCAAGAUCACGUUCUAGGAGGAGGAGGACUCCCUCAUCUUCUAGGCACAGGCGGUCAAGAAGCAGAUCAAGAAGGCGAUCACAUUCUAAGUCAAGGAGUAGACGACGAUCCAAAAGUCCAAGAAGGAGAAGAUCUCAUUCCAGAGAGAGGGGUAGAAGGUCAAGGAGCACAUCAAAAAACAGAGACAAAAAGAAAGAAGACAAAGAAAAGAAACGUUCCAAAACACCACCAAAAAGUUACAGCACAGCCAGACGUUCCAGAAGUGCAAGCAGUUUGCACAUUUGUGGUUCUAGAGAGAGACGACGACGAAGAAGCAGAAGUGGCACAAGAUCUCCUAAAAAGCCUAGGUCUCCCAAAAGAAAAUUGUCUCGCUCACCAUCCCCUAGGAGACAUAAAAAGGAGAAGAAGAAAGAUAAAGACAAAGAAAGAAGCAGAGAUGAAAGAGAACGAUCCACAAGCAAGAAGAAGAAAAGUAAAGAUAAGGAAAAGGAACGGGAAAGAAAAUCAGAGAGUGAUAAAGAUGUAAAAGUUACACGGGACUACGAUGAAGAGGAGCAGGGGUAUGACAGCGAGAAAGAGAAGAAAGAGGAGAAGAAACCGACAGAGCCAGCUUCUCCUAAAGCAAAAGAAUGUUCUGUGGAAAAGGGAACUGGUGAUUCACUAAGAGAAUCCAAAGUGAAUGGCGAUGAUCAUCAUGAAGAAGACAUGGAUAUGAGUGACUGAAUAUUGCCUCUGUGGGAAUCCACCUGUAUACAUGCAUCAGUGUCAUUCCUCUGUGUGAUUUCUUAAUGCUGUAUUUGUUCAUCUCAAAUCUAGAUGUAUACAGCUCUGAGUCAUAAAUGGUUAUAAAGCUCUUGAUGUUGAUAUUAGUUAUUUACAUCCAAAAGCUUUUACAAAAAUGAUACGUGGGUAACCAGUUCUUGACAGGUUGAAAUCUGAUUGAGUAAACAAGCAGUUUUACUAUUCUGGUGCUGCUUCAUAACAAAAAUGAAAAGCUGCAUGCAUCUACAGCAGGCAUGGAUUGUUUAUGUUGUAUGAUCUCCUUUAUUAAGUUCACUUAUAGUAUUUCUAGAAUUUGAUUCAUUGCCGUAAUAGAGCCAUGUAGGGAAUGCACUGAUUGCAUGUUAAUUGUGGCAGGAAUAUCCUAAAUGUCAUUCAAAUCCUCCAACAUGAUGGAUCUACUUAUGGUCUUGUUUGUUGACAUGACAAAUUAACAUUCUUAUAGUUACAUCUGGAAAUGAGCAUUUGAAAUAGAUAAUCCUUUAAGCCUUGUGGCUAAAUUUUUGUGGCUUUUGUUUAACUUUGAAAGGUUAUAUAUGCACUAACCUUUUUUGAUGGCUAUAAUUAGGCUUUAAGUACAGAAACAAGAUUUCAAAUGAAACUGUCUUUGGCAGUAAGUAAAUAGCAUAUUUUGAAGUAGAGUUGUAUACUUUUUCAUAAGGUGUUUGGGAAUUUUUUUUCCUAAAAUAAUUUAUUGAACAUCUACAUCGGUGAAAGUUAUCUGCCUAUCCUGAAGUCCAUCUGUAAAAGAAAGUUAUCUCUUGUCUUGAUUUUCAGUUGUCCACUCUUUUAUUAAUUUGUUUUAAUCUCAUUGUUGGAAAAGGGGGAUAGUGCAUUUUAAAUUGACCUUCAUAUGCUUUUAAAAAUAAGACAAAUCUACUUGAUAAUGUACUUUUUAUUUGAUCUCGAGUUGUAUAAAACCAAUAAAUUUUGUGUUACUGUUACUGCAGUAGUAAUCUUAUGCACACAGUGAUUCCAUGUUAAAUGCAAAGUAGUUAGGCAACUGUUUUCUUACAGGAGUUUCCAAGCUUCACUUUUGUGCAGUAAAAACAAAAGUAGGCUACAGUCUGUGCCAUGUUGAUGUACAGUUUCUGAAAUUGUUUUACAAGACUUUGAUAAUAAAACCCUUAAACUUA